GUGGUAUCAGUGAACAAGCGGAGGUUCAUCGACCCAGACGCCAACCUCAACCUCGACCUCACUUACAUUUGCGACCGCCUCCUCGCCAUGGCGCUCCCUUGCGUCGACGGCGCCAUGUACCGCAACGACGUGCGGGACGUGGCGAAGUUCUUCUCCUCGCGGCACUUCGGGAGUUUCGUGGUGGUUAACCUCUGCGAGAACUUUGAGGAGGCAGGCAACGGCAACUACGACUCGUCGCUGCUCUACGGGCAGGUGCAGAAGCUUCCUAUGUUCGACCACAACGCGCCCACCCUCAAGAUCCUCCUCGAGUACUGCGAGCGAGCGACGCGAUGGCUGAACGCAAGCAAGAAGAACGUGCUCACCAUCCACUGCCGGGGGGGGAAGGGACGCACAGGUACCUUCGUGUCUGCCAUGAUGAUGUGGACGGCGACCUGCCGGACAGCAGACGAGGCCAUGGCGUACUUCGCUCACCGGAGGACGCAG